AUGUCGACCUCAGGAGAGCCAGCCUUUGAGUUUGGCUUCUUGCUACAGAUAGAUGAGGAGGCCGCGCUGGCGGCGGCCCUGAAUGACUACCUAAUCUCUCGCAGCUACCUGGCUGGGUUCACCCCCUCCCAAACCGACCAGAAAGUCUUUAAGCUCCUCCGCAGGCCCCCAGACCCACACCAUGUCCACGCUCUGCGCUGGUACAGACACAUAGCGUCCCUGCAGCUGGAGCUCCUCCUCCUCCUCCCUGACAGCAGCUUGAAAGGGAAGCGGGUUCAGCCCCCCUGGUCUCCACCAGCAGGAACAGACGUUCCCCAACUCCGGCUCUACAACAGCCUGACCAGAGCCAAGGAGCCGUUUGUUCCUCAGAAAGGGAACAAGGUCACGUGGUACUGCUGCGGGCCGACGGUUUACGAUGCCUCACACAUGGGACACGCCAGGUCGUACAUAUCCUUCGACAUUCUGCGGAGGAUACUGCGGGAUUACUUCAAGUACGACGUCCUGUACUGCAUGAACAUCACCGACAUCGAUGACAAAAUCAUCAAGAGAGCGCGGCAGAACUUCCUCCUGGAUCAGUACAAGGAGAAGAAACCACAACCUGCUCAGAUCCUGCAGGACGUCCUGAGUGCCAGAGGGCCGUUUCAGGCCGGCUUGGCGUCGACCACGGACCCAGAUAAGAAGCAGAUGUUGGAGAGGCUGGACGCCGCUGUGACGGCCGCUCUGCAGCCUCUGCAGGCAGCGAUGGACGGCAAAGCAUCAGACGAGGUGGUUCAACCUCUGGCCCAGGCACUGCUGGAGAGCUCCAAGGACCUGCUCGCUGAUUGGUUGGACAAACAGUUUGGAAGUCAAGUCACAGAGAAUUCAAUCUUCUCUAUUCUGCCCAAAUACUGGGAGGGCGAGUACCACAAAGACAUGGAGGCUCUGAACGUUCUCCCCGCAGACGUUCUCACCCGGGUCAGUGAAUACGUCCCCGAGAUCGUGGACUUUGUGGAGAAGGUCAUCUCCAACGGUUACGGGUACGAAUCGAACGGCUCCGUGUACUUCGACACCGCAAAGUUUGACUCCAGUCCGACGCACUCGUACGCCAAACUGGUGCCAGAGGCGGUCGGAGAUCAGAAAGCGCUACAGGAGGGAGAGGGCGAUCUGAGCAUCUCAGCGGACAGAUUAAGUGAGAAAAAGUCGCCCAAUGACUUCGCCCUGUGGAAGGCGUCGAAGCCCGGAGAGCCGUCGUGGGACUCUCCGUGGGGGAAGGGGCGGCCCGGCUGGCACAUCGAAUGUUCGGCCAUGGCCGGAUCCAUCUUAGGGGAGUCCAUGGACAUCCACGGGGGAGGCUUCGACCUCCGGUUCCCCCAUCACGACAACGAGCUGGCGCAGUCUGAGGCUUUCUUUGAGAACGAUUACUGGGUCCGGUACUUCCUGCACACCGGACACCUGACGAUCGCUGGCUGCAAGAUGUCCAAAUCUCUGAAGAACUUCAUCACCAUUAAAGACGCUUUGGCGAAAAACACAGCUCGACAGCUCCGUCUGGCUUUCUUGAUGCAUUCCUGGAAAGACACCCUGGACUACUCGUCGAACACGAUGGAGUCGGCCGUCCAGUACGAGAAGUUCUUGAACGAGUUCUUCCUGAAUGUCAAAGACAUACUGCGCACUCCUACCGACAUCACCGGUCGCUUUGAGAAGUGGGAGGCAGCAGAGGUGGAGCUGAACAACAGUUUCUACGACAGGAAGUCAGCCGUCCACGAGGCGCUGUGCGACAACAUGGACACUCGCACCGCCAUGGAGGAGAUGAGAGUCCUGGUCGGUCAGAGUAACAGCUACAUCGCUAACAGGAAGAGCGCCAAGCUGAAGCCAAACCGCAUGCUGGUGGAAAGCAUCGCCGUGUAUCUCACCAACAUGCUCAAGAUAUUUGGUGCAAUAGAAGAAUCCAAUUCCAUCGGUUUCGCGGUCGGAGGACAAGGUCAGAACGUCGAUCUGGAGAGCACGGUGAUGCCGUACCUCAGCGUGCUGUCCGAUUUCAGAGAGGGCGUCCGGAAAAUUGCCCGAGAGCAGAAAGUGACUGAGCUGCUGCAGCUGUGUGACGUCGUCCGUGAUGACACGUUACCGGAGCUCGGAGUCCGACUGGAAGAUCAUGAAGGUCUGCCCACUGUGGUGAAACUGGUGGACAAGGAGACUCUACUGAAGGAGAGAGAGGAGAAGAAGAAGAUGGAGGAAGAGAAGAAGAAGAAGAAGGAAGAGGCUGCUAGAAAGAAACAAGAACAGGAGAUGGCUAAACUCGCCAAGAUGAAAAUCCCCCCGUGUGAAAUGUUUCGCAAAGAAGCCGACAAGUAUUCCCAGUUUGAUGAGACGGGUUUCCCCACUCACGACGCCGAAGGAAAGGAGCUGAGCAAAGGGCAAGCCAAGAAGCUGCGGAAGCUCUACGAGGCCCAGGAGAAGUUACACAACGAGUAUCUGCAGAUGAACCAAAAUGGAAACUGAGUGCGUGCGAAACCAUCCCAAGCCAUCCGCCCCACAGAGAAACCUGCAGAAUAGAUGUCACGCCCGGAGACGCCGGGGUCAUCGUUUGUCUCGUUUUCAUCUGAUUCAGAAAAAUACAGCCAGAGUGUGUUUUUAAGAAUGAAAAGACACUUCAUCAGUCCACACAGGCCAUGCAUCAUUUAAACAAUAAAGGGAACAGAGAGUUCAGUGAGGAACACUUAA